CCCUGCGCGCGCUUCCGGCGGCGGGACACGCGGCCGCGGGCACGGAGCGGCGCCUUCCGCGGGGUCGGGGCCGCCGAACAUGCUGUCCCUCCUGGUCCGGGCCGCCGCCACGGCCGCCCCGCUGCGCUCGCUGUGCCGCUCGUCCCUGUGCUCGCUGGCGCCCUGGGGACGGGCUGCGGGCUGCGGGAGCUGGGCCCCGCCGCCGUGGCCGGCGCCCCGCGGGCUGCUGGCCGUGCUGCCGCCGCUGCCGCCGCCGCUGGCCGGGCUGAAGACCAAGACGGCGCUGAAGAGGCGCUGCAAGGACUGCUACUUCGUGCGGCGGCGCGGGCGGCUCUACGUCGUCUGCAAGAGCAACCCCCGGCACAAACAGCGCAAGGGGUAGCGCCGGCCGGGGCCCGCCGGGCACAGCCGGCACCGGGUGCGGCCGCC